UCUCCCCCCUCCCGCUCGCGUUGGAGCGAAUUGAGGAAUAGAGGAAGCUUCGCUUUGAGAGCCCUCCUUCGCCCUCGCAGGUAUAACACUUUGAAAUUUAAUUGACUUCUGUGGGCACCAUGGUAGAUGCAAGCAAGGAUGUUGAUGGGAGUUUCCCAGGAGAGAAGAAAAUUACAGUUGUCUUUGUUUUAGUGAAAGCUUCUCAAAACAAGGUCUGCAAAACUGACAUGAGCCAACAUGUUCAAGGCGUACCAAACCAAACUGGUGCAGAACUGGGUUGGUUUGCUGGUUCAGUUGAAGACUCAGGUUGAACUAGCCCGAAUUGGUCUAAAUCAGUCCAAACCAAGCAAACCUGGCAGGUGGGCCUGGCAGUGGAAAGGGCACACAGUGUGCUAAUAUUGUCAAACACUUUGGGUUCACUCAUCUCAGUGCUGGUGAUCUUCUGCGUGCAGAAAUUAAAUCUGGUUCCGAAAAUGGAACCAUGAUUCAGAACAUGAUAAAGGAAGGGAAAAUAGUCCCUUCUGAGGUUACAAUUAAACUUUUACAAAAGGCCAUGCUUGAAAGUGGAAACGACAAAUUUCUUAUUGAUGGUUUUCCCCGGAAUGAAGAGAAUCGUGCUGCAUUUGAGAACGUUACAAAAAUUGAGCCCGAAUUUGUACUAUUUUUUGUUUGUCCAGAAGAAGAGAUGGAACGACGACUUCUAAAUCGCAAUCAGGGGAGAGAUGAUGAUAACACUGAAACCAUAAGGAAGCGGUUUAAAGUAUUUGUUGAAUCCAGUUUACCUGUAGUUGAGCAUUAUGACUCAAAGGGAAAGGUUCGGAAGAUUGAUGCUGCAAAGCCCGUUGACGAGGUUUUUGAAGCUGUGAAGGCCAUUUUUUCCCCAUUUAAUGUUGAGGCUGUUUAGAGCUACGAGGAGUAUGCUGACCAAUAAACUAUCAAAGGCACUGUUUUGAAGAACAAUUUGGGUGAGUCUACAAUAUGAAUCAACCUAUGUAGGCAUGCAUACCAGUUAUAGGAGUAAAUUAUAGCUUAUCUAUGUUAUAAAUUUGUUAUUUAAUAUAUCUGAAUGCUCAUAGUGAAUAUACCUAAAGAUAGUUCUGUGUUAUUUAAUAGACAUGGUUAUCACAUGCUCUGUUCCAUUAGGACAAUAGCAUUUCCUUAAUAUUAUUAAUAAAUUGUUUAUUUUCUUAUUUGUGUAUUGCUAAUCAGAAUUUUGUAAAUCUGCAUUAUUGAGUAAAUGGCAGUUUAAUUGUGAUUA